GGAUUUUAUUAGCAGGUCAGACGCUUGAACUUGAAGUCUUGGAUUGACAACCAAAAACAGGAACAUUUCUGAACAAAUUGGCCUAGGAUUCUGAAGUCUCUGCACUGGAAUUUGUUCGACGAACACUCGAACAGCAGACACGAUGCUUCAGGAUCAGGUUGUGGAGGAGAACAUGGAUAAUGAGUUGGACGAUGAAGAGUCCUUCUUCCAAGACAUAGACCUCCUGCAAAAUCAUGGCAUUAAUGUGGCAGAUAUCAAGAAGCUGAAGUCUGCAGGAAUUUGUACCAUAAAAGGGAUCCAAAUGACAACUAGGAAACGAAUGUGUGACAUCAAAGGUAUCUCAGAGGCGAAGAUGGAAAAAAUAAAAGAAGCAGCUGCCAAACUAGAGGCGCAUGGAUUCAUAACAGCUCUGGAAUACAGCUCCAAACGCAAGAAUUGCUUUCGCAUCACAACAGGAAGCUCAGAACUUGACAAACUGAUCGGGGGAGGAAUAGAAAGUAUGGCCAUCACUGAAGCUUUCGGAGAGUUCCGCACAGGCAAGACGCAGCUGUCACACACACUGUGUAUCACUACCCAGCUACCCGGAGCAAACAACUACCCUGGAGGAAAAGUAGUCUUCAUUGACACAGAAAACACAUUUCGCCCUGAUAGGCUGCGUGAUAUAGCUGACCGUUUCAACCUGGACCAUGGAGCAAUGCUGGAUAACGUUCUGUAUGCCAGGGCUUAUACAAGUGAGCAUCAAUUUGAACUGCUGGACUUUGCUGCGGCUAAGUUCCAUGAGGAACCGGGCGUUUUCAAACUCUUGAUUGUGGACUCCAUCAUGGCCCUGUUCAGAGUGGACUUCAGCGGCCGAGGGGAGCUGGCAGACAGGCAGCAGAAACUGGCACAGAUGCUGUCCAAGCUGCAGAAGAUAUCUGAAGAGUAUAAUGUUGCUGUGUUUGUGACCAAUCAGAUGACUGCCGAUCCUGGUGCAACAAUGAGUUUCCAAGCUGACCCCAAGAAGCCCAUUGGAGGCCACAUCCUGGCCCAUGCCUCCACCACACGGCUGAGUCUGAGAAAGGGACGAGGAGAGCUCAGGAUUGCCAAGAUAUAUGACAGCCCUGACAUGCCAGAGAACGAAGCCACGUUUGCCAUCUCAGGAGGCGGCGUUGUAGAUGCAAAGGAGUAAACAGCACAAUUUCCACAAAGUUGAUUUUCGUUAAAUUGUUGCCAUUUUUCUCAUUGUUUCAUGUUGUAUACUACUCUUUGAAUGCAAGUGGUAAAUUUCAAGGGGCAGGUGUGAAAUUUUGCAUUCUGUUAUGUGAAUUGUUGGAAUGUCUCCCCUUAUGAGAUGUUGUAUUGUGCAAGAUAUAUUUGUAAAUUACAUGCAAAAGUAAUAUAUAUGUACUGUAUAUAUUCCCUCAUAACAAUUUCAAUAUGCGUAGAUUUUACCAAGAUACCGCAUAGAGUAUCAAGUCUUUACCACAGCAUAAGUUG